UCCUUUGGUUCGAUUCACGUGACCCAAAAACAAAAUGGCGGAAAAUCCAAAAGUGAGGCCUGAGAGUACGUAGUGCGGAAGGGCAAGACUGAGUCUUCUAUCUCCGCAAUGUUGAAGACUAACAAACUCCUUCGCCUAAAGACGAAGAGAAGCCGGCUUGUAAAUGUCGUCCGUGAACAUUAUCUGCGUACUGACAUAUCAUGCCAUAGCAGCUUGUGUCAAGAAUGCAAAAACAAUAACACUCCGACGGGGCUUGUUUCAUUGUCAUCAGAUCUGACACACUAUGUCGUCCCUGACUGCGAGGUUUCCAAGUUAUAUCUUGAGAUUUUUGAAUUUCCUGAGAUUCAAGGUGUCAUCUUUUUCCAGACCGUAAAGAAUCAUCUGCAGCACUCAGGUAGCCGUAAAUUGUUGAGUCGUCUGAAGAACCUGGUAAAGGACACAAGGCAACAGUGCACAUUUUUCUCUAAUGAGUUUUGUGAGGGGGCAUAUGUACCUAGAGAGGCAGGAGAGAGCCUACAAGAUUGGCAAGCUAGGUGCACAUAUGCAGGUGUGCUGUGGUAUUACCAUCAUCUCCAUGAAAAGAUGCCUCUUGUUAUGGUUACCAGCUCUGAAGAGGUGAUAGAGAGGUACAAUGGUAGGACGAUGGGUGUUUUUGUCAUGUCCAUGUCUGACUACAUAUCUGGGUUCUACCCUGGCCUUACAAGUGUUCAUGAGCUGUUCGAGUCCCUGAGCACAGCCAUUGCUGUAGCAGACUCUAAUAAAUCCCAUAAAGGCCACAAGGAAUGCAGUGAAUAUCUACCUCUGGAUGUUCUAGAAGCUGGAAUAAAAUCUGGCCGGUACAUCAAGGGAAAUUUGAACGUUAACAAGCAUAACUCCCAGACUGAAGCUUUUAUCCAAAAAAGGGAUAUCUCGAGUGGCCAAGGUACUUCAGAGUCCGAUGUCCUUAUCUACGGCGUGGCUAACAGGAACCGCGCCGUUCAUGGUGAUGUCGUUGUGGUGGAGGUGUUGCCUAAAUCGCAAUGGAAAGGUCGCUCUACAGCACUUAAGCUACACGAGGAAGCUGGGGAAUCAACAGACGCAGAGGAUUCUGGGAAUAGCAGUGACGUAAUGAUGACGGGUCACGUGGUCGGGGUACUGCAGAGGAAUUGGCGGGAUUACGUGGUGUCGUUUGCAGAAGAUGUGGUGUCGCAAGACCAAAGGCGUUCCGCGGGCAAGGUCGUGGUAGUACCCUGGGACUAUAGAAUCCCAAAAAUACGAAUCAGUACGCGACAAGUAGAGGCGUUGCGUGACCAAAGGUUCAUAGUCCGCAUUGAUUCAUGGGAAGUGGACUCCAUGUAUCCCAGUGGGCAUUUCGUGCGCGCUCUCGGCCUUAUUGGUGACUUGGAGACGGAGGUAGCCACCCUUAUGGUGGAGCAUACAUUAUCUGCGCCCCCAUUCACAGACGGUCAGCUGAAAGAGUUGCCUAGUGACAGCCCAACGGAACCUUGGGUAAUCUCAGAGGAAGAAGUGUGCAGAAGGCGCGACUUAAGGAAAUCGCAUCUUGUGUUCAGCAUAGACCCUAAGGGAUGCGAAGACGUGGAUGAUACGCUAUCCAUCAGGCAACUCAAAGAUGGCAGGCUGGAGCUUGGGGUCCACAUCGCUGAUGUCACUCAUUUUGUCCAUCCGGGAUCUCUAACGGAUGCCGAAGCGCGAUCAAGGUCCACAUCAGUGUAUUUAGCGGACCGUCGUUACGAUAUGCUGCCAGAGAUCCUCAGCGCGAACUUGUGCUCACUCAUUAGCGGUGUUGAUCGGCUCGCAAUGAGCGUCAUGUGGGUUUUGGGUUCGAAUUAUGAUGUCAUCAAGACUUGGUACGGCCGAACCAUCAUCCGUUCGUCAUACAAGCUUUUCUAUGAGGUUGCACAAGCCAUAGCAGAUGGUGUGGUACCGAACGAGGAUUUACUUAAAGAAAUCCCUGAACUUCAAGGACUUGAUUCGAGUGCAGCGAACAAAGGAAUACAAGAUAUACGUUGGUCUGUUCUCAAGUUGAUGGAUAUAGCUCGAUACUAUAAAGCGCGAAGGCAAACACAAGGCGCGGUGGAGCUUGAUAAUCCAGAAGUAAAGGUCCUUCUGAAUGAGAAGAAAGAUAUCCUUGACCUCAUCGAUAAACAGGGUCUCGAGAUCCACGAGACCAUAGAGGAGUGCAUGAUUCUUGCAAACCACUGGGUCGCCAAGAGACUGGUGCAGACCUUCCCGACAUGCUCGCUGCUUCGUCGUCACCCGCUACCCCGCCAACAGUAUUUUGAAAACCUGAUGCAGUGCGCCAAGGCCAAAGGCUUCACUAUAAAGACCAGCUCGAACAAGUUGUUAGCAGAAUCAUUGGACAAAUGUGAAGACCCUGACGACCCAACCUUUAACAAGCUCUUAAGGAUCCUCGCCGUGCAAGCCAUGUCUAGCGCUUUGUACUUCUCCACCGGCUCUGUGUCUGUGGAUGAAUUUGUUCACUAUGGUCUAGCCUUGGACCGAUAUACCCACUUCACCUCACCCAUACGUCGAUACGCUGACGUCAUAGUUCAUCGCCUACUAAUGGCCGCGCUGGGGUCUGAUGACCAGUCCCAAGUGUUAAAUAACGAAGAGCUGGAAGAGCUGGCACAACAUAUGAACGAUAAACACAAGGCUGCCCAGAGACUGCAGCGGGACUCUGUCGAGCUAUUUCAGACGCUGUUUUUCAACUCGAUGUCUGAGGAUGACGAGCGACUCCUGGCUGAUGCUGUCAUAGUGGGCUUAAGAGCCAACGGUCUGUUGGUCUAUAUACCCAGGUAUUGCUUCAAAAGUGCGGUCUACUUGAAAGAUAAGAACGGCCUAGUCGUCACGCCAGGUGCUGGUAAAGAUUGCGUGACGCAUGGACCAGGUUCCAUUGUACGCGGGGAGUUUGCUGUCGAGCUGCACACUUCUUCAGGCGUCUUCACGUUCAAACUGUUCAACCACGUGAAGGUUAAAAUUUCAGUGGCGACAUCCAGAGCACAUGCGCAAUCAUUGAGAGUCACACUGGUGUCAUUCCAAACUCGAACCGGUCCCCCACCGGGCGAACUCAAUAGCGGGGAACUGAGUAAGGCUAACAAGAGAAAGGAGAUGAUCAGGGAAAUAAUGGAGAUAAAUAGACCCUCGCCCGUCGAACGUAAUCAAAUGGCAUCUGACUUCACCGAGCUGAAAGCUGAGUAUGGUCAAACAAACGCGCAUGUGAGCUUGUACAACCUUCUAGAACACUUUCGAGAGCUAUCCCUCCUGGACACGUGACACAGUUAACCACGCCCACGUCACGUAACACGGGGUCGAUCACGCCUGUAUCACAUGACUCAUGGUUAAUCACGCCUGCAUCACGUAGCACGGGGCUAAUCACGCCUGUGUCACAUGACUCAGGGUUAAUCACGCAGGCAUCACGUAGUACGGGGUUAACAACGCAGGCAUCACGUAGCACGGGGUUAAUCACGCCUGCACCACGGGGUUUAUCACGCCUGCAUCACGUAGCACGGGGUAAUUCACGUCUGCAUCACGUAGCGCGGGGUCAAUCACGCAGGCAUCACGUAGCACGGGGUCAAUAACGCCUGUAUCACGACUCAGGGUUAAUCACGGCUGUAUCACGUAGCAUGGGGUUUAUCACACCUGCAUCACGUAGCACGGGGUUUAUCACGCCUGCAUUACGGGGUUCAUCACGCCUGCAUCACGUAGCACGGGGUAAUUCACCUCUGCAUCACGUAGCGUGGGGGUCAAUCACGCAGGCAUCACGUAGCACGGGGUCAAAAACGCCUGUAUCACAUGACUCAGGGUUAAUCACGGCUGUAUCGGUUUGUGCACUUAAUAGUGCAUUCUUUAUAAAGAUAUACAAUAGAAAUAAUAAAUUCUGUAGAUAAAUGCAA